AUGGAAUUAUUUGAUGCAGUUAUUGAUGGAUUAUCAAUUAUUUCUUCAUGGCCAGACAGAGAAUCGUCAUCAGGAGCUUAUCAACUUUUGUGUGCUAUUAAGCAACCUGAAUUUAUUUUGGCAACACAUCUGCUAGCAAAAGUAUUUAGCAUAAGUUUACCUCUUAGUAAACUUCUUCAAAUGCAAAAUAUUGAUUUGAUUGAAGCCAUGUCUCUGGCAGAUAAUGUAUCUGAUGUGUUAAAAAAUAUCAGAAAUAAUGCAGAUGAGGAUUUUAAAAAACUAUUUUUAAAAGUGAAAGAAAAAUGUAUGUCACUUGAUAUUGAAAUAACUUUACCUCGUUUAACAAACAUACAAAAAAAUCGGUUUAAUGUAAAAACUCCUUGUCCAAAUGAAUACUAUAAAAUAUCAUUGUUUAUUCCAUUUUUAGAUAAUUUUAUUAGUCAACUUCAUGAUAGGUUCAUUGCACAAAAAUCUCUAAUUACCAAUUUUUGCUGUCUCUUACCAAACAAUAAUUUGCCAAAUAGAGAAGAAAACAUAAAAAGUUUGGCAGAAAAGUAUAGUGAAGAUCUUCAAUGUAGUUCAGAUUCAGUAAUUGGAGAAGUACCUAUUGACAUGGACACAAAAAUUUGUUGGAACAGAAAAACCAAAAAAUGCAUUAGAACCUCUUAUAGCAUGUAA